UUGAGUGGCUGGGCAGCACUGUCCGAUACUUGUGUUAUCGAUAAGUGUACAGCUGAUUGCUGCAAAACAAACGCAAUGUUCCAGCAACUGUGCAGAUCUCAUUUAACAAAAGUACGAUGGCCAAGUUCAGUGCCUGCUGCGAUGCAACAGUUAAAUCAACGCCGUCUCGGUACUGCCGCAAGAACCACCACAACACCGGACCUCGACCAAGCUGCCUUUUCCGAAUGGCGAACCAUUUACAGCCUGCCAUCAAUACGUCUGGUGGCUGCAUUUAACAGACUCAAAAUCUAUCAGGCUGCUCUCACAGCCGCUGGAGCGCCCAUUGCCUUUGCACUUGGACAGGCCGGGCACGUUGCAUCGGAUGCACUGGGAAUCUAUGCCGCCAUAGGUGUUAGCGGACUGAUAACUCUAACCCUGGCCAGUUAUGCCUCAACAAAUCUUGUUGGCUUCAUCUACAUCAACGAGCAGCAGGACAUGCUGAAGCUUGCCUAUGUGGAUUUCUGGGGCCGACGCGAAGAGACUUUGGUGGAGGUCGAUGAUUUGUUGCCCAGCUGGGAGCGCGGAGCAACGAGUCGACUGAGAUUCGUUCUGCCCAUUAGCCUACGGAGUGAUGACAAAAGGCGCUACAAGUUGUUGAAUCGCUUCGGCAACAUUGCCGAUCCGCAACUAUUUGAGGGUCUCUUUGGCGAUUGAUAAGCAGAGGAGACUGGCGACUGGAGACACUUGUUACUUGUUACAUGCUAGAUGUGCAAACGUUUAUUUGUACUAAUAAGAUCAAGCUAAAUCUAUCAGUUAAGGCAAA